AUGGUAGAGAUCGACGCUGGUAAUGGAACCUCUGGCUUCAAGCAAGGAUCGCGCAUAAUUGCGGAGUCUCUGGCCUCUUGUACACAAUCUCUCCACUCAAGUUCUACGUUUAUUGCCAGUGGGCAUGACCGUGACUGGUCUCCAGAAAAGGCUUCUCUUUCUCGCCACGGUACUCUGCUUACUGCCAAUGCCACGCCUAGUCGAAAUACUGCUGAGCUCAAGUCCAUUCUUGGGAAUUCCAAUGCCCGACUCAAACCAGGCGCUUCUAUCGUCCCAGUUGGCGCUUUAUCUUCUGCAGAGUCUACCUCCCUUGAACAAGCCAAACCUCGGGCUCGCGUCGAAGUAGAUGUAAUACCGGAAACGAAUAUCUUUGUACAAGGCGGAUAUAUCAAUGGCACAAUCAAGAUUCGUAUCCGGCCAAGAUCAAGAACAGAAUCCGAGGUUCUCAUCUCUGACGGAAAAAUCAGAGUCGUUGGCUUUGAAUGUAUUCAAAACGAAAAAGAGCGCCACACUUUCUACCAGCAAUCUGUUUCUUUAUCAGAUGCGUCUCCUUCCGCAGAACUCCUUUUCGAUUCGCCUCCUGAUAACGAAGGCUUCUAUGCAGCCAAAGAGGGCGUGCAUGUUCUACCGUUUUCGAUGUAUCUCGUGCUCAAAGGAGGUGAGGGCACGCCCAAGGGUACAAUAUCUCCUCAUUCCGGCAUUGCUAUACGUUACAUAGUUAUGAUUUCAGUCAAAGUUCGAGAAGUUGAAACUGACAGGCGCUCGAUCGCCCACUUUUAUCGCGACUGCGAAGUCUGGCCUCGCUUUAAUCCUUCUGCCAUGCUUUCUCCUGCGGCUCAACCAAUCCGUGGAUCUGCUGCUAAGUCUCUCCUCAUGGGCGGUAGUGGGAAAGUGGGGCUUACCGCUAGUUUGCACCGCAUAUACUGGGUCGCUGGUCAGCAGGGCUGCGUGAAAGUCAGAAUUAUCAACAAAAGCAAGAAGACCAUCAAAAAUCUCACUCUAACGCUGUUGCGCUCCACUGUGGCAUACAAACCUAAUCCCCACCUUGACGUCGAGGGAUCUGACGAACAUGACGCAGACGCAUGCCAAACUUCUACUGUUCAGAAGCAAGUAGCUGAAUGUGUACUCGAGAUGGGACAGAGAGAUCAUACUAGAGGUCACGCUAGCGCCAAGGGGUGGUGGGCCGGUGUACGACCGGAGGAGACUUCAGAGUUUUGUCAUUUCCUAUCUAUACCCUCGGACGCUAUAACGAUCCCUCGUGCUCGUCUUUUGGAAAUUGCAUAUAAUCUCCGCGUCACUAUAAGCGCAGGUCCCAUAGCUUCGAAUAUACACGUCGUACUUCCAAUCCGCAUAAUCAACUUUCUCUCUAUCGAUCCGCCACCUAGUUUUCCU